GCAUUGCGCAUGCGUGCGCGAGUGAGUGCGCCUCAUGCAGCCGCCGCGUCGCGGACUAGUUUCGGUCCGGCCUCAGGUCGGGCGACACCGGACACCCAUGUUACAACACCAGGAUGCCUCGCAACCUGAGCUCGUCAGCGUUCAUGAAGCCGUUCGUGGUGUUGGCGCUGCCUGGCAUGUACCUGUUCUACAAGUACAACCAGUACAAGAGACAGCAGCAGGAGCAAAACCGACGCAAGGUCACCGAACGUGAGCUCGCGCACCUCAACCAUAAAAUCGACAAACUGCUAACCAAACUAGAUGAGAAUGAGCCUGAAGUUGCGACAUCACAAGAAGACGAGUGUGUAAUAUGUGUGAACGCAAAGGCGACGAUGCAGACGUCGCCAUGCGGCCACCGCGUCGUGUGCCGCAAGUGCUUCGUGAAGACGAUCCAGAUGGCAGUGUCGCAGCGACUGCUGCCGCUGCGGUGUGUCAUCUGCCGCGCCAAGAUCCUCCGCCUCAAGCACACCUCCAGUGCCUGGCUGGUGCCACCCUCCGCCUCACACUACUCCUUCUCUUCCUCUGCCAGUGCUCACUCCGCGCACUCUGUGCCCAACUCAGAGUCGCUCUAUUCCAUGACAUCCGGGUCUUCCUCUUUCUCAGGUGUAUCGACAGUUAGCUCGGCGACCAAUUCCUCAGCGGGAAGCGGGAUUGGCCUGGAUAAGAAUUUCAGGAGUAAAAUACAAUACCCCAGGCAGCCAACCUCUGGUGCCUUCCGCCGCUCCCAAACACAAGCAAUGAAGUACCGUCUUCAGGAGUAUAAGGAGCCUCUGAGACCUGACUGCCAAGAGAAAGUUCCAAACAGGCUUCCACCAAUCCAAGAGUUCCAGAGGGAGUUCAGAGCAGGCAAGGAACGAUCUGCAUCAACUUCCACUCGAAUAAGGUGUGCUCAGAAGAUAGUGACUCAACUAGAGACGAGUGCCCACCCAAGCAAUACUAGUUACUCGUCAUCCUCGUCCAGCAACCAUGCUUCCUCAUCUGCGUCUUCGUCUAGCAAUUACUUCAGAUCUGCUCUGAAGACACCCAACAAAGACUUGGACAAGAAAAAGUGCACCGUCGAAAUAGUGCCCACUAAAAAGAAUUCGAAUAGUAACCAAGUCAAAAAGAAGGACGAUAGUAGUAGGCCGACUAGUGCUAGCAGUAGUUGUAACAGUAGUAAUAAUAUUAAAACUAGCGACAAUAAUAAAAAGAAGGCUAACGACGAGCCAGUCAAAGUGAUUAUCGAGGAGAAGGGGAACAAGAAAAGUGUCGAUAAACGAGACAAAAAGGAAGAGAAGAAGGAGAGCAAGAAGGAUUCGAAAGACGACACCAAAAGUAAAGAAAAGAAGGAGCUGACGAAGGCUGAAAAGAAAGAGUUGAAGAAAGAGGCGAAAGCUGAGAAAAAGGCGGCCAAGAAAGAAGCAAAAAAUGAAAGCAAGAAGGAAAAAGCAGAAAAAAAAGAAUAGACUCUGAGACGAAAAUGAUCAGAAAUAGGUGAUAUAUAGGUUUAAGAUAAAUUGGAAUUUUACAAAAUUGUUUAUUUUUCAAACUACAAAUUUCAGCAAUACAUUUUGGUUAGGAAAGCUAUCACCAUCAUCAAGCAUUACAUACAACUGCUGAAUGAUAGACCCUCACGAACUUCUAAAGUAGGCUAUCCUUAUAAAUAAGGCUAGUGCCCCGAGUAGAGCAUUUAUAUAAAUGAAAGGUUCCUACAUAAUUUGCUAUAUCACCUUCACUGUUCCUAUACAAUACCCAUCUCAUUACCAUUGACACAUCAAUUCCUAAUUAUUUUAAAUCGCACUCUAGAAGCUUGACAUAUAUAUUUCAGAUUUUAUAAAAUCUUCGAAUACCUCAGGGCAUGAAAUUUUAUUGAAUUUAGUUUCGGCAACAUUUCUAUGUUUAUCAUUGAUUAUAAAUCGAUAACUCAAUUGCUAAUUAUCUCUCUUAUUAAUCUGCUGUCAAUUCAUUGUAGAACAAUGGUGAAUAGGUGUUUAUACAAUUGUAAUGAGUAAUUUACCACAUCAUAAUAUUCAUCAUAAUAAAUGUAGUGUACGUCAUAAUAUCUUCUUUUCUAAUAGAUUUCAUAUUUUCUUUCUAAUAAUGGAUAUUUCCGCAUUGAAAAUUCUCCAAGAAUAAAUAAGAAAGCAAUCGCUUCAUAAUGAUAAUCUCAUUUCAUGAAAAAUAUAACUUAAUAAUUAUAAUCGGAAAGACAAUAUAAAAAUGUUUAUAUGAGUAGUCAAUUUCAAUACAGAUCUCGAAAUACACUAAAACUAUUCGAAAUUUGAGAUUAAUAUACUUUAAAAUAGUUAAAUGCCUGGUCAAUAAUCAAUAGAAGGAAACCAUUCUUCACGUUUGAAUGCCCGAUAGAUCACAUUUCUAUUCCCAAUUCGAGCCAAAUCCAAUGUUAUCUGACAUACUGAAUGUUAUUCACUAUGGCGAAUAGAAGUUUGCGGUGGAGGUUUGAACCUUGGAGGUACAAAAUAAUUGGGAUCAAAUUAAUUCCAGGAAUCAACAUUAAAAUGAACAUGUCCUUGAAAUGAGUUGAAAACAUUGGUAGUGAUUUCUUUUAAUGUUUCCUUUCAGUAUUGCUAACUGAUAGAGGGAUAACUAUAACUCAAAGCCAAAUCACAUACCCCUCUCCAAAUCUGGUAUCACAUGAGGUUGUCACUUCUGACCCCUCCAAUGUAGACAACCCUGCCUAAUAACUAAUAAUACUCUUUCAAAAAACAUUCAUCAAUCAUGAGCUUUCUUUCAAAUGCUUAUGAUGCAAGAAGAUUGAAAAUCAUUGCACAUUUCAAUAGGCCUACUGUAGUAUUCCUUUCUCAUACAACAUGCCAUACCGUACUACACAUAUUAGGGAUGAUGUAAUAAGAUGAAAUUUGUUCAUCUACUAACUGCAUAAUAUAAUACUUGAUAAUGGAAAAUAUUGUAAUUACAAUAUUUCAACCUGAUAUAAGGUGUAUUACACCGUUAUGGAAAUGGAUUCUAUUGUUUUACAUUUGGCGUACGGUAGCCUAUAAUACGUACUGGAGCAAUCUCAAUUUUUGCAGUACCUAUUUUAUUUCACAGGUUAUUACAUAUAAAUUCGGCUAGGUUCAAACAUUUUUAAAUGUUUCAAUGAUCACAUGAGGAACAAUUCACUUAUAUUGAGAUGAUUUGCUAUUUUUUUCUAUUAUUAUCGAGAAUAUUUAUUUAUUUAAGCUUAAUAAUAAUUAUUGAGAAAAUAAUUGGAAGAUUCUGAUAAUAAUUUACCUGGUGGUUUUUAUUGGUAUUGCAGUAAUUGAAUACUAUUUUCUACACAUCAUAAGAAUUGAAAUGGAUGAGAUGAAAUUUCUUUCAUCUACUGUUUUUUGAAUAAUGCCUAUUUGAAAUCGUUCAAUUCCAUAAAACUUUUUCAUAGUUUAGUAUAUUUUAUAACAACUAUAAAUAAUUCUUAUUCAACAAAAUUGCAUUCCAAUUAGUACAAAAGCAUAUUUUAUUUCUGUGGGUCAUGCUCACCUGAGCCCUUGGCUUAUUCGUUGAAUAAUAAGAGAGUAAUGAAGUUCUUAGCUGUAUUCCUAACCACCAGAAAUCUAUUUCAAAGCACAUCAGCAGAGCUGUACUGAAGCGGUUACUUGACAAACGGUAGUACGGUACCAAGCCUACCUCUCUUAUCUAAUGUGAGAGAUAAGAUGGCAAUCUUAGCGCAGGGCUUAUUUCUUUCCAAAAUUACCUAUAAUUACAAAUUUUAGCCACCACUAUAAUAUUACAAUAGGCAUGUAAUGUACUGUAUCUUGAAUACUGUAGUAAUGUUUCCUCAUUGCAAAUAAGCUCAACAAAAGUCAAUUUUAUUUGAUGGAACAUUCUAACAUUAAAUUCAAAUAAUAGUGUCCAACUGUCAAUCAAUAUGUUUCUAGCCUAAGAGAUAAACAGUUGAGAUUUCAACAACGUCAAUAAUUAAUUCAUUUUUUAUCAGUGCAUUCAAUAUUCCUAAAUGUAGAUGAAUUUUAAUUGUAAUCAGGCUGUGGUAGAUUUAAAUGUAUAUUGACUAUGUGGAUACAUUGAAAACAAAAUCCAACGUUUUCCUUAGAAACUAGAGAUCUCAUUCCAAGUAAUGGUUUAAUCGAAAGUAACCAUUAACUUUUAGAUAAAAACAACAAAAUAUUUCAUUUUCAAUCUUAUUUUAUCUGAAACUAGUAGGAUGAUUAUAAAGGCAAUGUACUUUGAUAAAAGUACCCCGUUAUAGAGGAUCAGACCUUAAAUAAAUUAACUUUCAAUACAUUUGUUAGCUAUAAUAUAAUUUAUAACACAAUUCUGAGAAAUAAUCAUGUGGAACAUUGUGUCAAUUUAAAGUACUCAAAUCGUUAUAAUUUUGGGAUCAUACUAUAUUAUGAGAAUUAAUCAUAGUACUCCAUAUUACAUGACAGUCAAAUAAAUUAAAUUAAAUUUUUAUUGUCAAAGUAAAUUCAAAUCUGUGAAUGGAACAGCGCAGAGAUAUCUUUUUGUACCCAUAUAUGAAGAAUAAUUCAUACAGGUACUAUAUUAUGUAACUUUUUAUAGUAACUGUUAAGCUGCGUUUACACCAAAGUUAUUAACAAUAUAACAAAAAAUUGAACAAAACUUAUCAUGAACAUAGCCUAUGUGUUUGUCAAGUUCCAUUCAAUCUAAUAGAAUCUAUGAGGAUAUAACAUUUUGUUAAUAACUUUGGUGUAAACGGAGCUUAAUAAAAUCUACCUCGACAUUUAGGACGUGGAUUUUACCAUUGACGGAUACAUAUUUCAAUGAUUAUUGUGUGAUCCUAAAAUCUUGAAACUAUCACACAUUUUCAAAAUUAAUAUUCUUGAACUUAUCACUUUGCUGAGGAUUCCUCUUCGACCACUAAGAAACAGCUUUGAAUAAACUCUUUCUUUGACAGCAACAACUAGUCAAACCUAUUCUCAUAGUUCGUAAACUUCAUCUCAAAAAUAAAUCCUAUAUUCAAACAUAUUUUGUUGACGUGUUGAAAGAAACACCGAGUAAUGAGCUAUUAUAUUAUUGGAAGACAAUAAUAAAUUGUGUUGGAAAAUUCAUGAGAGUACUGUAGUUGGGAAAAUACUCAAAAGCAAUAGAAAUAUUAUGUAGGCUUAUUCGAAUUCAAUUUUUCUGAAACUUAUAACAGAUUAGCAAUUACAUUUCCAUCCACAGUAAUUGAAUGCAAUAAGUGGGUUGAGACAGGCCUACCUAAUGUUUUGUGAUGUUAGAGUCUUCAGAGUAAAUUAGACUGGGAAAGAGUAGGACAUUGGAGUCUCAAAUUAAAAAAAAAAUAUUUAUCACAAACAAAUAAUUAAUUUUUCAAUGAUAAUCUAAUAUAAUCAUUCAGAUAAGGUUCAAGUGUAUAUUGUUUCACCAAAACUCAGUUACUAGAAAGGGACAAUAUUACUUGUAUAAGUACUGUACGGUAUGUAACUAAAAAACGUAUUAUGUUUCCAACAAGUGAGCUGGCUAUGCACAUUGUUUCAGUAUAAAGAUAUACGGUACGGUACCAAAAAUUGAUGAGUCUUAUAAAAUUAUCACGGUAAAACUAAGUUGAAAAAGAAAAGGUGAUAGAGCAUUUUAAUUACGCAACAUGAAUUUGGAUAAUUAAUAAGUUGAAUUACGGUACCUAAUAAGUACUUAACCUAAUGACAUGAUUUUUCACGUACUUUCGGUAAUUUUUAGGAAUCUCUUAUAAAAUUCUGUAUCAUGAUAAUGAUUUUUUUUU